CCUCGUUGCCCUUGCCGACCAUGCUUUCAGGAUUUGAACAUGAUGAAGUGCCUUUAACAACUCUUAAAGUCAGCUAAACAGAGACCGCAAGUACCUGAUAAUUUUGCCUGACGUUGUCCAAAAGCCGGUGCCUAGAAGUCAGCGGUCUUGGUCAUGUAUGUAUACAAUAUAAUUUUGUCAUGUGUAAGGUGUAAUAUAUACUGUUGUCCAAUGUUUUUAGAGCUCCUGUGCCUCUGUGAGAGAAAGCGCGCGAGCAAACGAUGGCUUGGAGGGAUGUGGUUUGGUUUGCGAUAACCAUGGUAGUUGUGAUGCUGUCUCUCACAGUGCCUCCAACUUGGUCCAUGGCGUUUCUAUGUGUUCUUGGAAUGUUUGCUUCUGCAGUUGAUAAUGCUUUAAACAUGAUGAGACCAAAACCACGUCUUCCAAUAUCUGCUUUGGCUCGAGCAGUUGAUGCUCCGGCUCCUGCAGGUGUUGCUCUUGCUCCAGCUCCUGCUCCUGCAGUUGUUGCUGCUGGAAGACAUAUUAGAAGCAAGCCGAUAUCAUCUUCAACCUCAUCGUCAUCAUCUGGAUUCAAAUAUGAUGUAUACUUGAAUUUUAGACAUCUAGAUACUCACGACGGAAUCACAGUUCACCUUUACACACAAUUGGUAGAAGCAGGAAUCAGGGUCUUCAAUGAUAGAUAUGACCUCAGUCCCGGAAAAGGUUAA